AAGCAGUUUACGUGAAAGCUCUGUGGAGUUAACUGUUGUGGUGACCCAACUUUUAAAGCCAGACUCUUUGCCAGACUCCCCAGCUCAGAGGUUUCCUGCUAACAGAAAGUGGUUCACGUAAUUUAACAAAUAAAGGAUGGACAGGAAGCAAUGUUGUGUGAAGCUGUCGGUUCAGCCAUCCAGAGGGCUCAUGGAUGAGAAAUUCAUUGUCCUCGUCCAGAAUGCCCUGCCUGGUUCCCAACUAACCAUCCGUGCCUUGCACCAGUGUGAAGAUGGACACAGCUGGGAAGCGUUUGGUCACUACACUGCCGAUACCACAGGGACCAUCAAUCUUUCAGAGGAUCCCAGUAUACGUGGGACAUAUUCCGGAGUCGAACAGAUGGGUCUACUGUGGAGCCUCAGACCAAUUCCAGGCAGCAAACCUGGGCUGAGGAUGCGAAAGAAAAACAUCCAGACUCCCAUGGAGGUCACAAUUUCGGUUUACCAGGGUCACCAGACAGAGGGCUUCGCAGAUCUGGUGCCACUCUCUGGUGUGGUGGUGGAGCGCUGGUAUAUGGCACCUGGUGUGCGAGGAUUCCAGUUACAGAAGGUGGACUCACCGCAGCCUUUUUUUUUGCCCUUGGGACCUGGACCUUUUCCUGGCCUCCUGGAUCUAUAUGGGCUUGGAGGGCAGUUGGUGGAGUACCGUGCAGCACUCUUGGCCUCCCAUGGCUUCGCUAGUAUGGCCAUCGACUACGUGAAUUCUAAAUUCACCAUAGAAACUGGAAAGAUGGUGGACAGCCAGUAUUUUGAGACAGCCUACAGAGUCCUGCAGCAACAUCCUCAGGUCUGCAAGAGCAGGAUAGCCAUGAUAGGUUUUUCCUUUGGCACCAGUAUCACCCUCAAGAUGGCUAUUUACUCUGAAAUUAUAAAACUCAGUGCUGCAGUGUGCAUCAGUGGGAGUCAUGUGCAGCCAGUUGAUGGAUCCGUGGAGGAAAUACUGAGGUUCUCUUACAAAAAUGCUGGGAAGACUCGCUUCAGUGAAAAAGACGAGAAGAUCUGGCGAGAUCAGUUGUUGCCCAUCCCCACCGACCCUUCACUCAAAGCCGAUGUGGGACGACUACAGUGUCCUCUGUUGCUGCUUGUAGGUGAGGAUGAUCAGAGCUGUCCAGCCCAAGAGUCAGCACUCGAUAUUAAGGAAAUGAUGGCACAAGCGGGGAACAGUCAUCUGCUCACUGUCCUGUCGUACCCAAACGCAGGUCACCUGAUCGAGCCUCCUUACACACCACAUACCAGAUCUAGCAAUUUCAGGACAACUGGAAUGCCUGAAAAAGUGAUGUAUCUGUGGGGUGGACAAACGGUGGAACAUUCUCGAGCUCAGGAGGAUGCCUGGAAGAAGAUCCUGGUUUUUCUCAGGGAGAAUCUGUAUGGUGGCAGAAACCCUACCUUAUUUUCUCACCUGUAAUCAAAAUGACAACAUGAUUGAGUUCCAAAGUGAAUCCAAGGUGAAAAUAUUUGUCUAAGACAUAGUUAGGUGAGGCGACAAUGGAAGCUCUCUCUGGCAAUCACUAUGCAAUGCAUUGCUAUAAAGAUAUUGAUUAUGGCCUUUGGAUUACUAAUGAAAAAUUAUUAUCUUUUUAAUAGAAAUAGCCAACAGGUGUAAUGGCUUUUGCAGUAGGAAGCUUUCUGCCACUUAACGUGGUCAUUCAAUCAGAAACCACUUUUACAGAAAGACAAGCAGAAACAAUUGUUUCCCAACCAAAUACUCACAAAAAAACCCAUCUUCUUGCACUAUACCCAUUUAACAGGAUAAAUUGGAUCAGGUUAAACCAUACCAUUUGUGCUGCCCAUCUGUACUCCUUCCUGACUGAAGAACUGUAAAAUGUCUUUACUACUAUAAUUAAAUAAAUAUCUAUUAUAUUACCAAAAAUUAUUUACUGUUAACUGAAAAUGGCAAGUGGUGAAGGAAUUUUUUUUAAACCAUUCCUUUAGGAAAAGAAGCAAUAAAAUACUGAAAACACAUCAAUACACAUAAAACUUUAUUACUGGAAAAUUGUGCAUAAAGUAUCAAAACUAUAAAUAACUAUUUCGCAUCAGUGUUAAAUUGAUUAAUAUUAUUGCUGCAUGUGUUUUAGAUGUUUAAGUUUAAUGUCCAGCAUCAAAUUUAGAAACACAGACCUACAUCUUUAGUUUUUAGAAAGUGUAUUAAAAUUUUUACAUUAUUAAUAAAAAAAACCCCAGCUGAAUUAAAAGGCAUGAUCAGCGUGUGAUAUGUUUAACUGUCAAUAUCUACAGAGAGAAUUAAAAUACGAAUGAAUCAA